AUGGCUUCUUCUAGUGGGAAUUCAGCAGUGUCUACUCAGAUUCAGAACUCUGGUUCUGAAGAGGACUUGCAGCAUUUGAUGGACCAAAGGAAGAGGAAGAGAAUGCAAUCCAACCGCGAAUCGGCGAGGCGAUCCAGGAUGCGAAAACAGAAGCAUCUUGAUGAUCUGACGGUCCAAGUGGCUCAACUCAGUAAGGAAAAUAGUCAUAUCCGCACAAACAUGAACAUCACCACACAGCAGUACCUGAAUGUUGAGGCUGAGAACUCUGUUUUGAGGGCUCAGGUGAUAGAACUGAGUCAGAGACUUGAGUCGCUCAAUGAUAUCCUCAAUUACAUGAACACCAACAAUGGGGUGUUUGAGAAUGAGCAUCUACAGGCAAGUCCUGAGAUUUUCAUGAACAAUCCAUGGAACUUGAUGUUUUUUAACCAACCCAUCAUGGCUUCUGCUGAUAUGUUUCAGUACUGA